GGCGGUGGGAAAUUUGGAAUAUUAUGAUCCAUUUGCCUAAGAACAGUGGCGUUAUUUUUAUGAAAUGAUGAGCACAAAGGCUUUAGCAAGAGAACUUGGUCUUUUGAGAAAAAGAUCAUACUCACAGAUUUCUGAAGAGAGAAAAAUACAUAAAAAUAGCAAGCAACAGUUUUCACAUUUGAUUGUAAUUGAUUUUGAAUCAACUUGCUGGGAAAAAAAGACUGGCAGGCCACAAGAAAUCAUUGAGUUCCCAGCUGUACUGAUGAACACAAAUAAUGGAGAAGUAGAGUCUGAAUUUCACCACUAUGUGCAGCCCAGUGAAAACCCAAUGCUGAGUGAGUUCUGUAAAAAGCUAACUGGGAUCAGCCAGGAACAAGUGGAAGAGGGAAUACCAUUAUCACUGUGCUUGAGCAAGUUUAACACUUGGAUCAAAAAUAUUAGCCAGGAAAGGAAAUUAGUCUUUGAACAAUCUGUCAGUGAAGGCCAGAACUUGUGUACAAUUGUUACUUGGUCAGAUUGGGACCUUGGUGUGUGCCUGCUAUAUGAAUGCAGAAGAAAACAAAUAAGAAAGCCAGCAGCUCUCAAUUCUUGGAUUGAUCUCCGGGCAACUUAUAGGAAAUUCUACGAUCGUCGCCCUCAAGGCCUCAAUGGUGCACUCCAAGAUGUCGGAAUUGAGUUUGAGGGGAGAGAACAUUCUGGUCUGGAUGAUGCCCGUAACACAGCCAAGCUGGCUUGGAGAAUGAUACGUGAUGGUUGUGUGUUGAAUGUCACAAAGAGUUUUAAUGGGAGUGCCCAAGAAAGAAGUGAAACUAUGGCAAAGAUAAUGAAAAUCGCAACUGAGUCAUCAAAUGCUAAGAAGGGGCAUGAACCAAAUGGAGCUUGUCGUGUGGCUGGGAGCAGUGCUGAACGUUUACCAGUACAGCAGGAGUGUGGACAAGGGACUCCACACUCCUCUAUUCCUGCUGCACCACAGUUGUCAGUAACCUCCAGCAACACUGCACCCCACUCCUUGCACAACAGAGUGAGAAAGAUCUUUUCAACUGACAAGACAACAAAGAGUGAGAGGACACUGCAAAUAAAAGGACCACAGAAAAGUGAAUCUAGUGGGAAUGUCAGUACUGUUGAGAGUGGUCUUGUGAAUGUAUCAAAACAAUUUGAAACAGAAACAGUUAAAACAUCAUCUGUGAAUGUGCUAAAGAUUGAGUCGGUUUCCAAAGAACUAAAAACUAUUGCAUCACCAGUUUUUAAUGAGCAAGCAAAGAAAUUUACACAAACUGGACCAAGCACAAUUAGCACAGUCAACGGUCAUAGAAACAUAAAAGCUCCCUAUUACAAUCAAAGUAUUUCCAAACUUGGUGACUUCAAGAAACCAUUCUCUAGCAUGUCUUCUAAACUUCAGGGUAAUAGACCAUACACACCCAGUGAUAGAGGGAGUAAAAUGUCCUAUCACACCAAGUGCAAUGUGACAGUCGGUGUCACACCUGAGGCAAUGGUGAAACCUUCCAACAGUGCAUAUAAAACAAGUCAAAAUGGCCUUGGACCAUUCAGUUCAACUGGUAAAACUGUAGGAAAAUGUUUACUCUCCUGGUCCUCCCAUAUGAAGGCCACCCCUCCCUUGUGUGAUUGUGGGAGGCGAAGCAAGAGAAGGGUUGUUCAGAAUCCUGGCCCCAAUGAAGGAAGAGCCUUCUUUGCAUGCCCUCUUGGAAGAAAAAGUUCUGGUGCAGUGAAAGAAGGCUGUAAAUUUUUUAAAUGGGACAGUAGGAGUUGAUGACAUUACAUAUGAUGAUGUGCAAACUAUAUAUGAAUUG